UUUCCAUUCUCCUCUGACAUAAUGGGGGGAUACCCUGAAUACUUUAUUUUGUAAAUAUUCGAGUAACGUCAGUUUUCUUUGGCAUUCGUCGUCUUUUUAUAUGUGUAUUGAUAUUUGUUUAUGAUAUGUACUUAAAUUUUUAACAAAUUAAAAGUACAUCAAUACAUAAGCAUUUUUACAAUGUCCUCGUCUAAUGUAGGGGACGACCCAAAACCCUUGUUAAUAAAGAAAAUUUCACAUAUUCCCCAUAUUUUUCUAAGAAAUAAUAAAGUGACAGUUUUAAAGAGUGAAAAUAGUGAAAUUUUAAAAAAUAUAAAGACUAUAUCGCCCUUGCAAAAUUUGUACAAAGAUGAUUUGAUUUACGAGUCAAAGCAAGGGGAUUUCCUGAAGAGUACAGACUAUUCUGUUACUAUUACGAGUCAUCAUAAUUUGUCCACGAACAGUGUUCGAACUACUGCUAAAUAUGUUAGUCACAACGGGAACGACUCUUAUGUGAAAUCUUCAGAUAAUGUCGUGAAACUUAUUGGUCAAGAUAAUUACAACGUGUUGUUCGGUACUCUGUGUUCAGUUCUCAAUUUAGAGUUUAAAGUUCGAGGCAUAUUAGCAUUGCAGACUGUUAGUAAAACUUCGCAAGAGGUUGGUUGCCAGACGGAUAGUGCCAGUGAGAGUGAUAGAAAAGUGUCUUGCACAGUGAGUACGUUGUCUCAGACAGAUGAGACUUCAAUGGAUAUUUUAUUGAAGCCGAAAAAACGCAAACGGGUGAAGCGCCUACACCAGACGCCAUACGUCGUGAAAGACGAGCCCAAGGUGGUGGAAGAUAUGAAUGGUAUGGAAUAUAAGAUGGUAAAAAAAAUUGUUAUAAAACCAGAGAACUUUGAUAAGUUUCAUUUGAAUGAAAAGUCUAGUGUGGAUAACAGUAUAUUGUCAAAUGAAAAGCAGACAUUGCCUAUGAUUGGGCAUUUGGCAUUGGAUGAAGAUUCUAAUGCUAGCACAGGGAAUUUGUCUUCAUUCUCUGUCAAUACAUUACCACAAUUAAUGGACGAUCCGUUUUCGUUAUUAAACAUUGAAAAGUUUACUGAAAUUGAAUCUGGCACUAAGAAUGAGAGUAGGAAUAUGAUUAUUAAUCCAGUAUUAAUUACACUCUUAGAUAAUACAAAAAUAGAAAUACCAAUAAAACCAGAGGAUCAAUUUCAUAUAGCAACACCAGAUAUAUUGAAACUUCUGUCUCCUGAGCAUAGACGUAAAUUAUUAUUUCUCCAAGCAUAUAUAGAUUGGAAACAUUGUUUGGAUAGAGAUGAAGAUGGUUAUAUGCCUCUACAUUUAGCUGUUCAGAACGGCGACGUAGAUUUAGUAAGAAGACAAUGCUUAGCCCUUAAGAUGAGGCAGGAAUCCGUUGACGUUACAGCUGAAAAUAUGACUGCUCUACAACUGUCGCUGUACCGGCCAUUUCCAGAAUGCACAGCUAUGCUGCUCCGCUUUGGGGCCGAUCCUCUCGUUGCCGAUUCCGAGGAUCGAACCUGCAUCCAUCUCGCCGCUGAAGAGAAAUCUGAUCACUUGAGAGCGAUUAUCAAUUAUUGUCAAUCAAAUCCUAUGCGGAUUAUUAAUGAAAAUGAGGAGUUUUGGAGACCGGAGCUGGAGAAUAAGGCCAAGGAGGAAUUAGUUCAAUAUUUGUUCAACAAACUGAGUAGGAUGAAUGAUAAUCAAGGCUACACACCCCUGAUGCUGGCCAGCAAGACAGGCAACUACGAAGCGGUGAAAGCCCUAGUGGAAAUGGCGCCGUCGUCCGUCAACCUCCAGAUGCCCAACAGUGGGGACACCGCUCUGUACCUGGCCGUUGGUGCUGCCUGUAUGGACGCCAGUAAUCGCGGUAAUAUGAUGAAAGUGGCCGACAAUUAUGUAAAAACCAUCGAAAUAUUAAUCGAAAAUGGCGCCGACCCGAGCAUAGACAAUCACUCCGGCAACAACGUGAACGUCCUACUAACAGAGUUCAACAUUGGCGAGUUGUCCCUGCUUAUAGCGAACAAAUUGACCGCUAUCAAUUGCUUCAAUGGCGCUAUACCGAAAUCUAAAGGCAGCGACGUAUUCAUGCUCAUCAAAGACAAAGACGGCAAAGUCAACGUAAAAGAAGUGCCCCGUGACAAUAAAGAUAAAAGGAAAGACACGAAACCUACAAUUUUGGACAAUACGCGCGUCGACACAAAAAUUUACCAUAGUGCAAAUAAAAUUAAUAUGAUUAUUAAGAAAAAUACAGAGGGAACCGAACGUAGAGACGGCAAUGUAACGAGUAAACAGGACACUGAACAAACAAACAGUGAUACAAAUUUUAUGAAUACAUUCAAAAAUUUUAUAAAAAAUAACAAUAACGUGGACACAGCGAAUAUACCAAUUAUGGUCGAACGUAGACCCAUUGUGUCGUCUAAUAAAGAAAUUACGGGUAGCAGUACUAGAGCGCGGGUGCCGCCGUCUCAAGAGGGCGCACCCAAACGAAAUGCAUCGCAGAAUAUUCUAAAUAUGCCUAUAGUGAGCCCGAAACGGGAGAAGAAAAGUAAUAAUUUGAUAAUUGAGAUAUUAUCUAAUCAAAAACAAAGUAAUACUAAUAUUAAUACUACACAGAAUACAGAAACGGUUGUCAAGAGAUUAGUAAAACCCCUCAAAAGGAAUGCUAAAUUUAUAAUAGAACCGAUAGCUAGCACUAGCACUUCUGCUCAAGUUACGGGUGUAACCGGACAGAGUGCGCCAAACCAAGUCGCGAUACUAAAAAGCCAUGUACCCACAUCCGAAAAUGAUACGAAAAGGUUAAAAUUAACCAUAGAAAAAUAAUAAUCUAAAUAAUGUAUCUAGAUUAUGUUCAUAGCAGAGGAUAAUAGUCCUGUCACGGUCUUAUGGCUAUAUUUUCAUACUAAGCCCUCACAUGUUGCGUUUACUUUUCAGUUGUCUGUCGGCAAACUUAACUACAGUUGCUGAAUAUGCAAUAAAUUAUACAUAAAUACCUAUUUUGUAUUAUGUAUAUGAUUAGAUAGAUCAAGGGAGACCUGUCUAGGUCACGGUACCUAUAUUCUCAGUUUAUGAACUUAUAUUGAAUGAACUAAUAUUGCAAUAUUAAUUAUUAUGGCAGAUUUCAACAAUCUUUAUAUUUUUUUUUAUUGGAUGAAAAUGGAGUGGUAACCCCGCCUGCGCUAAUGGGAUACGCUGGCGGGGCACCAGUGAAGGGUGAUCGAUGAGGAUGAAAACAGGCCAAUUAUCCCAUCAUGAUGAAUUCAUCAGGAAUUAAUCAUGAUAGUUUCCAGGGGGAACCGCGAGGAGGUCGACCUGGUUGGAUAUAUUAUUAGCAAUGGGAUUCUUAGUCUCCAUUACUAACAAUCCCUUUUUUCCCCCCUAAUCUUUAUAUUUAAGGUCUCAUAUGCAGAAUUAUUUUUAUUGUCAUAAAAUUAUUAUUUUUAUCUUUGUCAGUCGCAUAAGAUCGUGACGGGAUCAAGUCUCAAAUAUUAAUGUAAAUGAAAUAAUUCAGUUCCUAAUUGUAAUCAUCAUUUGAAAGUUACUUUUUUAAAGUGUUUAUAUAUACACACACACGAUUGCGUUUAUGUGUUGCCAACAUGCUCUAAAUCUGUAUGUAUUUCAUUCUAGUUAAUAUUUAUUGAGCCUUAUAAAUAUACUUAAAAAUAUACAACAGUAUAUGACGACAUGAGUUCUAAAUUUUUUACAUUGUUGCUAAAUUUAUUCUUUUUAGGCGACGUCAUACAAUGUUCGUAAAAGUAGAAAUACUUGCACGAGUAUCAUAGACACUAUAGAAAAGGUUAAUUGCAUUGAUAGCAUACUGCCCCGUAUUUGGUGGUAUUAAAACUUUUAUAAAGUAUAUACACUGGCAGUGUAAAAGAGAAAAACAUAUAUAGAAAAUACACAAUAUAAGUUUGAAGCUGAUUGAGCAGAAGUAUGAACAAAAUAAAUUCUUAUUAUUUUUAAAUUUCGAAGUGUAGUAGUUGUAUAUGUAUAAUGCAGUUGAGUUAGUGUAUGCUGUUCCUGGGUUUAAUAAAUUAGAAAAAAAAAACACACACAAAAUGCAUAUUUUCAUGUAAUUAUGCUGUGAUUAUUCUAUAUAUCUAAUAUCUGUUUAAUUGCAACAUUUUAGAACUGUCAAAAAUGUGUGGUGGGAGAAUUGGUAGAAAUUUUUUUUUUAAAAAAAAAACUUUAUUUUUCUUACUUUUUUUUUUACUUUUACUUCAGAACUUUAUUUUGAUCAAAUUUAAUUUAAUCAAAAUAAAGUUCUGAAUUGAACUUAAAAUUAUAACAAAUAUGUGAAUUUUGCAAUUCCAUAUAAAUUCAAAACUGUCACAUGUGUGCGUGUGACAGUUCUGAAUUUAUAUGUGACAUUACAUAUUAUGUAUGAAUUACAAAAACAUAUUAAUACUUUUUUUUUUGCAAAAUCGUAUAAUUUUUUGUCAAAUAAGUUUCAGAUUAUUUUAUUAUUAAUUACUUCAGAGACCUAUAAAAAUAUAUUGUGUUAUUAAAAUGAAUCAUUCUACCGAAUAAAUACUGCAGUUAGAUAAUACUAUCUCUUUUAGCUUCCACGUGAUGGAUAGAGGGGGCGAUAUAUUGCGCCAUCUGUUUCUACCUAGAAAAAACCUACAUAAAAUUGAAAAUACUUCUUAAUCAAUCCUGACGUUAACGUUUAUUAUAAUUAUUUAUCUAAUUAUAUUAUAUAAAUAAUAAUAAUAUAUCAUUAAUAAAUAAUGUAUAAAUAUUCUUAAAAGUUUUAAUGGACUAUUUUUUUUAGUUAUGCUGAAGAGUAUUUUUAAAUUGAGUUUAUUUUAAACAUGUUUUUUCCAUAUAAACUCGUUUUUCUAUUGUAUCUUUUUUCGAGCUAAAUUCUUAGUUUCUAAAUAAAUAAUUAACUUUAAUAUUAACCGUCGAUAAAUGCAAUGCAAUGCAAUGCAUUUUGUAAUCGUUGAUAUAUUUACUUAUAUUAAAAUAUUUAGAAUGGAAUGUUUAUUAAAAAAAAAAUGGUUUAAAAUAAGGAAUUGUAUGUCGAGAUGCUGCUAUUUGGUCUUUUCCCUGAAUUGCUGUUUUAUUUUGCAGUGAAACACAUUUUACCUCAUAAAAAGGAUUAUUACGUUAUCAUAUACAUAUACAACUAUAUCUAUAACAAUUAAACUAUUAAGCUGAUCUUUUCAAUAUAUGUAGUUAAAUAAAAAUUUAUAAUACGUCUUAAGUUUAGUUUAUGAAUAAUUUAAUUUUGUUGUGCUUAAUAAUCGAUAAUCAACUAAUCGAUAGUAGUAUUCCAGCACUUAUUUUGAUUAUAUUGAUUAAUCGUCUCUUUUAUAAUCGAUUAUUAGGCAACACGUUAUACAUAAUAUUUUUAUAAAAUUUGUAUGAAUGACUUGUUUCACAACAAACAUCAUUAAUUUGAAUUGGCGCAUAAUUUGAACGAUAAUAUUUUAGUGUCGGUUUUAUUUUUUUUUUAAAUUCAAAAAUAUUUAAGUUAAAAUUUACACUAAUCCAAAAAAAAAACAUGAUUUAAAACUUUAAGUAUUUAAUUACUUCAACUCUUAAGAGUAUGUUUCUGUCAAAAUUGUUUGAAUAAAAGGCUGAAUAUACAUGUUUUUAGCAAAAAUAUUGCCAAAAGGUUUUUUUUUUAUUAGUAGUAUUUUUUUAUUUUCUUAUAGUAUGGGGUUUUAAGCUAAUUACGUAUUAAACGUUGAUGUACUAUGUAACAACUGCCAAAUUUUUCAUACUAUUUAUUGCGCCAUCGUCACACCAGCAAACAUAAUUAAAAAAAAUGUUAUUUAUAAUCUCUUUAUUUCAGAGCAAAUUGGAUAAUGUAUUAAAAAAAUUAAAUAUAAUUUAUUAAUAAUAGUAUCUGUGUCUAUAUAUGUUUCAGAGCAACUUUGAUAAUGUAAAAAAAUGUAACUUAUUACUACCAGUUGCACUGGGCCCAUAACUGCAUAGCAAUAGUCCUAUCCAGCUUUUCUGCAAUUAGUUUGUAAUGCUCACUAUUCUCAUUAUAAUGUUAUAAAUAUGAUAGUAACUUUAUUUAAAAUCUCUUGCCUUAGUAGUCAACCAAAUUUGACAUAAAUCUAGUGUUUGACUUGGAGAAAACAUAAGUCUCUUUUUAACUGUUACGUGCUGGUUUGCGUAAGAUGUUGCUGUCAGUUUAAACAAUAUCUUAUUUGUAAACUAGAAUAGGUGUCUAUGUACGAGUGCCUGAGUAACGUUUAUGUGCAAUUAACUGCAUUAGUAUGUUAAAAUAAGAAUUUGUGAUUAUUUUAAUGAUUAAAAUUAAAUAUUAUUAUUUGCGACUUUAAUUUAUAAAUUAUAGGAAUGUUUCGUCACAUUAUUUCAACAAUAACAUGCUUAUGGAUGUUAUUACAGUGUCAAAUAUGUCUUGUAUUUAUUUUAGAGAUAUACACAUAGGAUAGAAACAUCUGACUAGAUUAUACUAAGCUAAAAAUAUUAUACUAUAAAAGAGCAUCAUCAAAAGCUUCGAAUAUUGAGAAAAUAAAGCUCGUUACGAGUCUGUAUGUUUGGUAGUGUAUCUUGUAGUAUUUUAAAGACGCGAAAAUAUAAAACUGUGUUUAUAUCUUAAUUUUGAUCAUACCGCCUUGUACUGUUAAAUCAUACUGACAUUUUGUUUAUAAACUUUAAAUAGAUCUUAAAGUGCGAACCACACAGUGAAACUAGCAAACUUCGUUUCACUUAUUGUGUAACUGCGGCUUCUUUGUAUAUUUCUUCACUCACACCAUAAGAGCAAACAGUUGUGACAACCUAAAACUGCAUAUUUGCUAUCGAACUUCUAUUAUGAAAUUUUUUGAUGUACCUAAAAACAACGAGAGAACGAUAGUAUUGCCUUUAUAGAGGGAUUUAGGAAAUAAAAUAGCAAAACAUUUCAAUAGCUUUAUAAGACGUUUGACAUUUUUGAAUAGGGGUCCUUACUCUCUAAUUAAUAUAUAUUAAAAACUUCUACGAACUAUUUCAAACGUUAAAGAAAAAGCACUUCAAUAGUUAAUACACGGAUUUAUUAGACCUUUUUAUGAAUUUUAAAUUGAAACAGUCGUAUUCAGUGUUAGGUUGGGAACGCCGUGCUCAUCCCAGAAUCGUUUGGUGCCCAUCUUAAGCGCCAACAAAGCUUCGCAAGCAUGUUUGAAAGUAUAUAUUCCCUUUUUUAAAGGGCUAGCGCCUCCCCGUCUACGCCCGGAAAAUAAUCUUAAAUACGCCAAUGGCUAUACGGAGUUUCAUUCGCUUAGCUUUCAGUGUUUGCGCUCACGCAUCUUUCACAUCUUCAAUAGUAACGUUUACACGUUAAUAGAUUACACACCAUUUUUAUUAGAGCAAAUAUUUUUUUAACUAUAACUUUCAUUUUGACUUUGAAUAUAUAUACUUUGGUUUAGUUAAUUAUUAUGAUUAGGUAUACUAAUAUUUUAAUUUCUAAAAUCUGAUUCGAGUUCGGGUGUAUAGUGAUUUUUAUUUAUCCGUGUAUGUACCGUAUAAUAAAUAUAUUUAUUUAUUCUUUACCGUAUAAACAGAAAGCGUAUGAAGGGCAGAGGUGUGUACUAAUAUGUGACAUAAUUACAAAAAAACAUACUUAAAUAAUUAUACAUAAUACAUAAGAAAUAUACAUAUAAACAUUACUUUUAAUAUAUAUGUAUAUACUAAUAUCAAUAAUAUAUCUUUUAAUAAUUUAUUCUUUAAAAAACGGUGAUUGAUUCAAUUAACAUCUAGUCUAGUUACAUUUAUGUUGAGCCAUAAAUAGUUUUCACAUUUUAUUGGGCCCACAUCAGAUUCAAAAGGCUUCAAAUGUAUUGUAAAUUGUAAUGUGAAUACAAAAUAAUAUAUUCAAGAACAUUUGAUUAGAAAGAGAUGUUAAACUGGCGUCAAGUUUACACUCGCUCCAAUUUUUUUUCAAUACGAUCUUUGGUUCUGUACUUUUAUCAUUGUAUUGAUUAUGUAGUACUAUGUAUGUAAUUUGUAACAAAUAUAACAUUUAUAAAGCAA